UACUUUUUUUAUUUUUCCUUACUUACAUAUUGUCCAUUACACAUAAUAAUUAUAUUUACGUUAUUAUUGUAAUUAACAACAAUAAAUUAACUAUUUUAUUGACAAGUUAUUAAAAAGGUCAGGGUAUUUAUAUUUAUUUUUAUUUUGACAACAAAAGGCCGUCAGAGUCCCAUUACUGAUGGAUGACGAUACUGUUGCUUUUGGAGAAGAAGAUGAAGUACGAAGUGGAAAACUGAAGCAUCCAUAUGUGACAUUUUUCCACUUGGCAUUCAGGUCAGCAGCGAUAAUAGUUUAUAUGUUUUGCACCUGGUUCUCUGACAGUUUCAUUGCUAGUUUUGUUGUCGUCGUUUUGUUGCUGUCGAUGGAUUUCUGGACAGUCAAAAAUAUAACCGGUAGAUUGAUGGUAGGGUUAAGAUGGUGGAAUUACGUCGAUGAUGAUGGAAAAAGUCAUUGGGUAUACGAAUCACGAAAGGGUCGCCAGCAGAACCGCAUCAACCCGUCGGAGGCAAGAAUAUUUUGGCUAUCGCUGAUAAUCUGCCCGCUGUUAUGGUGUUUGUUUUUUAUCGUCGCGUUGUUUGGGCUUAAAAUAAAAUGGCUGCUAAUUGUUUGCAUCGCAACGAUGCUAAAUGGCGCGAAUCUCUAUGGAUAUAUCAAGUGCAAAAUGGGCAAAGAUCAAAAUUUAUCUGCGGCGACGAGCGAUUAUUUUAAAAAACAAGUAUUGCAAAAUGUGAUGUCGUCAAUGAUGACCAAGAGCCCGCCGACGGCACCUAGUCAGUCGCCAUCUUCCAUGAUCUGAUGGAACAUUCGCGUAAUAAAAUAAAAAUAAAACUCAACCGAGUUUAUAAAAAAAAAAAAAAAAAAAUGUAAAUAAUUACUCAUAAAUAAUGACUGCGUUCACUAGCUCGCGAGUAAGGAAAUAAAUAAUGAUUAUUGGCUAACAAUUAUAAUAGUGAAGGAUAAUAAAUAAAUAACAGAAGACAUUA